AGCGGCAGCAGCUGGGCGAGUGACAGCCCAGCUCCGCGCGCGCGGCCGCCGCCAGAGCCGGCGCGAAGGGGCAGCGCGGCCCCGCGGUCCCCGGGCGGCAGCAGCGGCCGCCUAGUCCCGCGCCUCUCCGGGCCCGCAGCCCCGCGGUCCCGCCGCCCCGGGGCCGCCACCUCUCGGGGCUCCCCCGGUCCCCGCGCGCGCAAGAUGGCUGACCCGGCUGCGGGGCCGCCGCCGAGCGAGGGCGAGGAGAGCACGGUGCGCUUCGCCCGCAAAGGCGCCCUCCGGCAGAAGAACGUGCACGAGGUGAAGAACCACAAAUUCACCGCCCGCUUCUUCAAGCAGCCCACCUUCUGCAGCCACUGCACCGACUUCAUCUGGGGCUUCGGGAAGCAGGGAUUCCAGUGUCAAGUCUGCUGCUUUGUUGUGCACAAGCGCUGCCAUGAAUUCGUCACAUUCUCCUGCCCCGGUGCGGACAAGGGCCCAGCCUCUGACGACCCCCGGAGCAAACACAAGUUUAAGAUCCACACCUACUCUAGCCCCACCUUUUGUGACCACUGCGGAUCUCUGCUGUAUGGACUCAUCCACCAGGGCAUGAAAUGUGACACCUGUAUGAUGAACGUCCACAAGCGCUGCGUGAUGAAUGUCCCCAGCCUCUGUGGCACCGACCACACAGAACGCCGCGGCCGCAUCUACAUCCAGGCUCACAUCGACAGAGAGGUCCUCAUCGUUGUCGUAAGAGAUGCUAAAAAUCUUGUACCUAUGGACCCCAAUGGCUUGUCAGAUCCCUACGUCAAACUGAAACUGAUUCCUGAUCCCAAAAGUGAGAGCAAGCAGAAGACCAGGACCAUCAAGUGCUCUCUCAACCCCGAGUGGAACGAGACCUUCAGAUUUCAGCUGAAGGAAUCAGACAAAGACAGAAGACUGUCCGUAGAGAUCUGGGAUUGGGACCUGACCAGCAGGAAUGACUUCAUGGGAUCUCUGUCGUUUGGGAUUUCGGAACUGCAGAAGGCCGGCGUGGAUGGCUGGUUCAAGUUACUGAGCCAGGAAGAGGGCGAGUACUUCAAUGUGCCUGUGCCGCCAGAAGGGAGCGAGGGCAAUGAAGAGCUGCGACAGAAGUUUGAGAGAGCCAAGAUCGGCCAGGGUACCAAAACUCCAGAAGAAAAGACAGCCAACACCAUCUCCAAAUUUGACAACAAUGGCAACAGGGACCGGAUGAAACUGACCGACUUUAACUUCCUGAUGGUGCUGGGGAAAGGCAGCUUUGGCAAGGUCAUGCUCUCAGAGCGGAAGGGUACAGAUGAGCUCUAUGCUGUGAAGAUCCUGAAGAAAGACGUAGUGAUCCAGGAUGACGAUGUGGAGUGCACAAUGGUGGAGAAGCGGGUGCUGGCCUUGCCUGGGAAGCCACCAUUCCUGACUCAGCUCCAUUCCUGCUUCCAGACCAUGGACCGCCUGUACUUUGUGAUGGAGUAUGUGAACGGGGGCGACCUCAUGUACCACAUCCAACAAGUUGGCCGGUUCAAGGAGCCCCACGCUGUAUUUUAUGCUGCAGAGAUUGCCAUUGGUCUGUUCUUCUUGCAAAGCAAAGGCAUCAUUUACCGUGACCUAAAACUUGACAACGUGAUGCUGGAUUCUGAGGGGCACAUCAAGAUCGCUGACUUUGGCAUGUGCAAGGAGAACAUCUGGGAUGGGGUGACAACCAAGACCUUCUGCGGCACUCCAGACUACAUUGCCCCAGAGAUCAUUGCUUAUCAGCCCUAUGGAAAGUCUGUGGACUGGUGGGCCUUUGGAGUUCUGCUGUAUGAAAUGUUGGCUGGCCAGGCACCUUUUGAAGGAGAGGAUGAGGAUGAACUUUUCCAGUCCAUCAUGGAGCACAAUGUGGCAUAUCCCAAGUCCAUGUCCAAGGAAGCUGUGGCCAUCUGCAAAGGGCUAAUGACCAAACACCCAGGCAAGCGCCUGGGUUGUGGGCCUGAAGGGGAACGAGACAUUAAAGAACAUGCGUUUUUCCGGUAUAUUGACUGGGAGAAACUUGAACGCAAGGAGAUUCAGCCACCAUAUAAACCCAAAGCUUGUGGGCGAAAUGCUGAAAACUUCGACCGGUUUUUCACCCGCCAUCCACCAGUCCUAACACCUCCUGACCAGGAAGUCAUCAGGAAUAUUGACCAAUCAGAAUUCGAAGGAUUUUCCUUUGUUAACUCUGAAUUUUUAAAACCUGAAGUCAAGAGCUAAGUAGAUCUGUAGAUCUCCGUCCUUCAUUUCUGUCAUUCAAGGCUCAACAGCUAUCAUGGUGACAUUUUUUUUUUUUUAAAUCAUUGCCAAGUUACAUCUGUGUUUUCUUUUCUGAUGAAGCUAGAGUGGCCAUGUUUCAGAACCCAAAUGUCCUCAAGUAGUUUGGAGCAUCUCGAGGAGAUGGAAUUAUGCAGGUGGCAUGUAGAAAGUGCUGCAUAAUUGAAACACCUCAAAGUCCUCCUACUAUGUGCAUCCUGAGCAUGUCGGCUAACAGACUCACGAGGGAGAGAAAAAGCUUGCUUUCUCUCCCCACUUCUCUGCACCGCCAUUUUUACCCCGAUCAUCCACUCUACAUCCUCCCUACAAAAUGGAUAGAUGAAUUGAAUGCUAACAAUAUUCUUCCACUUUCCAGCCUGGGAGCUUGGCUUGAAUCCAAGGAUAUGGCUGCUUUGCCCUAGAGGGAAUCCCUCCACACUGCCUGUUCUGGAGGCAGUAGAGCUUUGAAAAGAACAUGCUAAAAAUACAUUUUUAUUUUUAUUUUUUUAACUCAAUGUUAAGAAGAUUACCUAAGCCCUAAAAAUACAAAAAAAAAAAAAAAAAAAAAAAAAAAUCCCCAAAACCAAAAAACCAGGAAUGCGCUUUUAGAUAAGUAUCAAUCUAAAAGCAGCACUUCCAGGGGUCAAAGGGCAACCAGCUUGAGUGCUACCACCACGCUGUAGUUUCUAAUACUGUAUGUCUGGUACUGGUACCCUCAUCCCCCAAACUACUCAAGAAUGGCAUUUGGCACUGUUCCUGGAAGCACAUGGUCACUCUAGCAAGGUCCCAAAGGACCAUGAUUUUACAUUACAUUUCAAACGUUAUUUGCUUUUUUAAUUUCUGUCAUUGUUGAAAUGCAAAAAAAAAAAAAAAACAAACAAACAAACAAAAGAAAAAACAAACUCACUUUGUUACACAUGCUUUAAAAACUAUGUCCAGAUGUUAUUAUCCACAAUGGCCUGCUUUGUUCAACCGAGAAGAUGGCUAUGGAGCCCAGCAGACUUGUGUCUCUGGGGAGGGGCUUUGUCUAUGUGUACUGCUGGUAUUGGAGAACUAAUAGAGGACCCUGAGAAAGACACCAUCUCUCCAAACCAUGAUGGUUGCAUUCUUCAGUGUGAUGUCAUUUUGCAAGAUGUUUGUGGAAAUGUUCAUUUGCACUUCAGAAUCUGUUCUGAUAUUUUUCUCCUAGCAUCAAGGUACAAUAAAAAGAGAGAGAGACAGACAGAAAAGAAGAAAUCCAAUUUCAAAGAAAACUGUUCUCUUUGAACAAUGAGGACCCACACUACAAAGUAGGGCCCAAGGAAGGAACUCAGGAGAAAGGGGCUGAAGCUGGAUCUUAUAUAGCCUCAAUGUUCAACCAGCCAGAGAGCAGGGCUUGGAGACCAUUCAGGGAAUGCCUGAUGGUCUAAAAUGGGGUAGGUCAGGCAAGCCGGAGCCCCAGACACUGUCAGAAUUCAGAGCCUACAUGCCCACCAGACUCAAGCUUAGAAGUGAUCUAGGAACAUGCCCGAGGUACUUAAGCUUCUUAUCCAAAUCGCCACUCUUCCAAGUGAUCUUCCUUGAGCAAGCAACUCAGUGAGCUCCCAGAAGGCCAAGUGGUGGGAGAGACCUCAUUGCCUUCUGACCAGAUGAGGACAGCGGGUGGUCCCUCCCCCUUGCCUGCAGCUCAGCUCCCUGCUCCUAUCAGACAGUCCUAAAGGGAAUUCUUAUCACAGGUCAAAAGAUUUCCAGGCCCUCCAGGGAUUCUGAGAAAUCACACCGAAUCUACCAAAGGACCGGUGUCCUAAGAGUACACCUCCUCCUCUUUAAGAAGAAAAUGCCUUGGGAUUCUGCUGAGAUAAAGACCUUCAUAGUUCUUUUUUUUCUGGCCUCUCAUGCCACUCUGCUUUAAGCUUGGGGCCUGUCUCUCUUAGGUAAUGGACAGCAAACAUGAUGUCCCAGCUGACGAUCUUAGGAUGCUACCAACAGAGGGAGAUCAGAGCAACCCACUCCUCACUUUGUUAUUGGGUCAACUGGCAUCUGGAGAGGAGAAGUAAUUUUCUGAAGAUUGGUCAGGGGCAAUACAAAUGCAGGGAUCCUGACCUCUCAACAUAAGGCUCUGUCUAUUCUGUAACAAAACAAACAUCUCUGAGCCACAUGCCCACUCCCAAGAAAAUUAUGUAGGGUCUUUCAUCUGGUUACCGAGUCACCAGGCUUUGGAUAUAUGCUCAAAAUGAAAACCACAGAGAAAUCUGGGACCAUUGGCAAGUGGUCUGAGACAACCUUAGAAAAUAAUGUAGGAAGGAUGGGUAGAUGGAUGGAUAGAUAGAUAGAUAGAUAGAUAGAUAGAUAGAUAGAUAGAUAGUAUAUAUGUAAAUAUAUGCACUACACUAUACAUUUUCAGAUUCUUGCCAUUAUUUUUUAAGGUCCACAGUUUUAGAAAUAGAUACUUAAGCCAAAGUCUCUGUUCCCUUAGUGUACAUGGCUGAAGGUGGGUCCCAAAAGCUUCUGUGCAAGUAAGGGAUCAUUAAUCAGACUUCCUGAUGUUUCCUCUUCUCCCAACUUUCUAGAUCAGAGGAAACCAAGAAACAGCUUUCAUCACAUAAGAACUCUAGGGAAAAUUUUGAAAUUUUAUCCAAGAUUAAAUAUUUUCAUUUAUUUUUGCAAUCAUCCAUUUAUGCCCCCUCUAUCCAUUCAAGUAGCAUUUAUUGAGCACCAACUAUGUGCCAGGCUGGAUGCCAGGAUCAUUGUGAGAAAUAAUAAAGAUGCCACCCAUCCCCUUCUCUCUCUUUCUCCAGCAUACCAUCUGUGGAAAGACAGUCAUGAAACAAGUAAUUAAAAGCAUGGUGCUGUCUAGAGUCUCUGGGCUUCUUAAGAAAAUCCACUGUGGAUGUCUUUGCAGCUUCUUAGUCUCCCUAUAGAGCACAGUUUGAAGCUGAGGGUGUCCUCUCAACCUAGGUUUUUGCUGCAGUCACGUAGUGUGGAGGGUAGAGGAGAGAGGUGAGAUGGUAGGUGGGAUGGACUCUUCUAGAAGACCAAAGACACAGUCCCCAUACUUAGCUCCCCCAAUGUGAGCAGAUUAACACCAUGUUAUCUCUUCUUGUGAAGAGAAAGAGCUACCUGAUUUUAUGACUGAUUUCUGUGUCUUGAGAGUCACCUCUAAUGGCACACCACUCAUAUCCACAGGCCCUCAGAAGAAUACCAUUCCCCUUUUAGAAUACUGCUGAUCACAGCAUGUGACCCUUGCUAGUCACAUCCUGAUCCCUCUAGUCCACCUAAAACAGGCUUAAAUUGUUACACACACACACACACACACACACACACACACACACACACACAAAGUAUUUAACUUCUGGGAGAACUGAAGAAAAAAACUAAAUCAAAGAAAUCUAAUUAAAGUUGUCAAUUGUGAGCAAUCAUAUGUCUGGAUCCAUGAGUUUGCCCUUUCAAUUUCUUAGGUUUCUCGCUGAUCUCUUCUAAGAAAGGAUAGGGCCAUGAUCAGAGACCCAUGGGAGGCCAGCAAAGUUACUGCUCUUCCUAGGAUGAGUAUUUCUGUUCUCACGUGGCUUCAGAUGCUACAACCCCCAAAACAAGUGUCACAACAAAGGGGCCCAUUCCUUCCCAACAUUCUAGGGUAAGAUCCUGGAGGAUUUUCUGAUACCACUCAUGAGAUGAAGUCCAUUAAAAGGAAGUCUUAUGUGGAAUACCUGGCUUACUGAAGCGUAGUGAGUAAGAAAAGGCUUCCAAAGUUGGAGUUGGUAGGAAGGGAAGUUCUACUACAUACUCUCAGGUAAGGAUGGCUAGGCAGGAAGAGACCCCAAAAGAGGAGCUGCCUAUCUUCUGGCUCCAGGUCUGCCCUUCUCCUGCCCACACAAAGCCUUAUAGCUUUAGGACCUUGCUCAUACACAGUUCACUUCAUACUGGCUCCCAGUGCAGUGUCCAUUUCUGUAAGCCUCAGGGCUGGUGGGAACAACGGCUAUCAUUUUGCUUCAGUGUGAAGAGAGAUCUGCCUCAGGAAUUAGGAAAAGCAAGGAAGUGCCCCUUUAAUCAAGUCUUCUUUUAUUGAUUCAGUGAGUACUUACGCACAGCCUACUGUGUGCUCGGUACUAUUCUUGGCAUUGGAAACACAAUAGCACAGGAACAGACAAGGACCUUGCCCUCCUGGAAAGAAACAAUGCAAAUUCCCCAAAGCAGUAAACUCACAAGAGACAUCAAGAAGGGUGCUGACACCCUGACUGCAGGCCAGGACAGAGAAAACAGACAGUAUUAAAGAGACAGAAGGCAUCACAUUGAGGGCCCAAGCCUAGAACCUUUCACAAAAGCUGGAAUGAACAGGACAUGGCAAAAGAUGGACCACCAUGUAGAAAAGAGCUUCAUGAGUAGCCUUAGCCUGUUCCUCUCUGCCCACACUCUUCCAGAUGACCUCCUGAUGCCAGUUUGUCCCCCUCAAUCCUAUAACCCUAUUCAGACACCCCAGUAGAAAGUAGGGAAUUACCUGUCUCAGGGGAGCAUCCAAGAAGAAGUAGUGUGGAGCCCGUCAUCAGGAAAUCUGCAUCAACCAGUCUCUGUUAAGGGCUAAGCCUGCUAAGGUUGACCAGAGCAGGUCAGUCAACAAACUCCAGUGUGAUGGUACAACCUUGGCUUCAGCCAGGCACCUGCUGCCAGUGGCUCGAGAACCCCAGGCCUCGUGAAAACAGCCCUCAGGCUGUCUCUCCAGCCAGAACCGCUGCAAUGAGGCAAACUUAGCUGCUAUGUGGUCAGAUACAUAUCAUUAACCCACUGCGCAGUCUCAGGCAAGCCCCUUCACUGAUCUGUGUCUCAGCUUUCUCAUACAUCGAACCAUGGGAGGCAAGGACGUCAGCUUUGCCUUCUCAAGACAGGUGAGGUGAGAAUGGGGAGGAUUAAUGGGCAUACAAGGACCCUGGAGAGGCCAGCACAUCAUAAAGACCUAGUAGUCAGGCCACAUUCACACCCCUGGUAGAACCUGCCUCAAACUGUAGCUAGUAAUGCCUAUACACAGGUCGUCAGGCAGGCAGGUAAGAAGGAAGGAAGAAAGUCAGAAAGGAAGAAGGCAGGCAGGCUGGCCAGAUUACCUAUGAAAAUUGAGUAGUUUCAUUUUUCAAACUCACCUUCAUAGAUCUUACUUCAAGCUUGGGAUUGUGUUUUUUUAUAAAGCACGCUACCAACAUCUUUGAAGAGACUCUCUGGCUAGUGAAGUCCCAGAUUCUACUCUUGUGGUCGGCUUUUGAACAGCAUCCCAAAGCCUAGCUCCCACCAAUCUCAUUUCGAAGGCUGAAUCUAAAAUAUGAAUUAAGUAGAGCAUAGGAGAUUGGCCUAACUUUGAGCCCUAUCUUAUAACACAACCCUGGCUCCAGCUAGGCUGUCGAGAUGGUCACCAGUGAGUCUCGGACAUUAUGAGGAUGAGGUGGACAGCGCUUAGCUUCUUGCAACAAACACUGAUCUGCUUUCAGUACCUGGCCAUUCGUCUUGUCUUCUGAGAGCAAUGUGUUCAAAUAGUUCUCUUUUUUUUCCUUCAACAAAGUCAGCUCCUGGCCACAGGGGUCGCUAUUGAGUUGUUUUCCUCCAGGAUACUCUAAUCGAAGAACUAACUAACUACAUCAGCUGUGAAAAGAUAUAGUUACCCAUGUAAUUCACCUUAAAGUCAAAGCAUAGUACUUCCUUACACACACACACACACACACACACACACACACACACACACACACACACACACCCCUCUUUAGGGCAAUUCUUAAAGAAAUCAAUGAUUCUUUUCUCCUCAUAGAAAAUUCGCACCAAGUUUUCUCCCCCAAAGCCAGCAUAUACUAUGAAGCGGAAAGCCAGUACACGGAAUGCAUCUGCUAAAAGCUGUCAGCACGGGGCUGACUGCUCAGGAGCCUUUCUCAGCCUUCUGGUAACUGGCAUGUCCUGGUCAUGUUUCUUGCUGCUGCUGCUGCUUCUGUGUUAAUGUGUUUGCUUUCCAUUUGGCAGAGAGACAAGCGAGACACCUCCAACUUCGACAAAGAGUUCACCAGGCAGCCUGUGGAACUGACUCCCACUGACAAACUCUUCAUCAUGAACUUGGACCAAAAUGAAUUUGCUGGCUUCUCAUAUACUAACCCAGAGUUUGUCAUUAAUGUGUAGGUGAAUGCAGAUUCCAUUGCUGAGCCUGGGUGUAAGACUUCAGGCUGAGUGUCUGUUACCAAUUCCAGUCUUCCAGGAUCAUGGUGCCUCUGCUGGCAUCCAUCAUGUGGAGAGCUUGUCUUAGAGGGCUUUUCUUUGUAUGUAUAGCUUGCUAGUUUGUUUUCUACAUUUGAAACUGUUUAGUUUAGAAUAAGCGCAUUACCCACUGAUAGAGGUACAAUUUUCCAGACUUCCAGAAACUCAUCCACUGAACCAACAGUGUCAAAACUUAACUGUGUCCAACACCAAAACGCUUCGGUAUUUGUAAUUUUUCAAGUCAGACGCUGAUGUUCCUGGUCAAAGUUUUUACAGUUACUCUCUAUUAUCUCCUUUGAAUGCUACCUAAGCAUGACCGGUAUUUUUAAAAGUUGUGAGUAAGCUUUGCAGUUACUGUGAACUCUUGUCUCUUGGAGGAAACUUUUUGUUUAAGAAUUGGUAUGAUUAAACUGAAUUCAUACAUGCAAA